AGAAGAAACAUUCUCCAAGUCUUAGGAAAUCAGUGAUUUGUUGUUUGCUAGCUCUUCAUCCCUCAAAUGCUCUAUCAGCAGCGGUUUACCUCCACAGCUGUGUGGCAGCUGAGAGUCAGUCUUAUCCCCCGUUCCUUUUUUUUUCCAGAAUAAUUUGAGGUGGUAAAAUUAAUCAAUCUAGAAUCAAGAUUUCUUUUCCUACUGGAAGUGCAAAUAACAUCCAACUGCUAGUUUCUGAUAGAUGUAGACCCAGCUUUGUCUUGUCAUUUCUACAACGUCAGAAAGGACAUGUUUGUUUCCGUAGUUUAUCUGUACAUUUCUUAGGUCACUUUUCUAAAAGUCAGGUUUGUUAAGGUAUAAUUCAUAUUCAGUCAAAAUCACCCUUAGAAGGUUUCCAAUGCAGAGACUUUUGUGAAAGUUUACAGUCAUGUAAUCACCAUCACACUUGAGGCUGUUUCCAUCACCGUAAAACGUUCAGUCACAUCCUUUUUAGUCACCCCCCUUUCUCCACGUCCGGACCCUGGCACCCCGCCCUCAUUUUCUUGAUUUCUGCCCUCGGGGAUGUCCUCAAUCCCUGUUUUGUGUUCUCAUCCAUUAUCUUGAGGUGGAGCUCUACCAGGCAGGAUCCUGCUUUGUAACCCAAAUGUGGUACCUGGCACCUAAAAGGUACUGGGGAAAUAGGUGCUUAAUAAAUGAACGAAUCCCUUGUUUUUUAGAUCUGCCAAAUCAAACCAAAGACUCUGCUCUCUGAUUUCUAGAAUGUACCAUUUGAAAAGGGACUAUUAAUGUCGGGGAAAGCUUUUUCCCACUGUUCUAAUUCAUACAGUUUUUUUUUUUGAGAAAUGGGCCAUAAUGAUUUGUAAUUUCAGAGAUUUUGCUGGAUAUUGCAAACAUUUCCUUAGACUUGGGGCUUACAACCUUGUUUACUCAACCAACAUGGGGACCUCUACCCUCUCAACCUGAAUAAACAGAUGGAAAUGGAAUCUGGGACCAAACGCAUCUGCUGCUCUCUCAUCCCGGCUUGGCUCUCCUCCCGGCUUGGCUCCCCAUCUCUGAUCCCUCUGGCUCUCUGAUUCCCUCCGCCUCUUUGAUCCCUCCGCCUCCGCGGGGCGUGGCCCACGCUCUUAUCCUGCGCUUCCUGGAAUAAGUUCUGUAAGAUUCCAGACUCACUUUAUGAAGGGCUCCAGGGGUGGAAUCUGACAUGAUCUGACGUGGGCUUAAUCUUUCUCAUCAUGCAGGGUGUGGGCCUGUAAAAACCCACCUCUAGCUGGCUCCUCAGCUUUGGUGGAGGACAGUUCCUGCCCCUAGGAGACCGUGCACUAUGGAAGUGUAUCCCUGCCAAGCCUUGCAAGGGGUGAAGUCCCGAUGCGAGGAGCUUUUCCACAUUCCUGUUCAACACUUGGAAGAAAAAUUGCCUCUCUGUGUGAAAGUUUUACCAGUAAAUCAUUAAAAGAACAUAUUUUCCCUCCUAUGAUGCACAUCCUGGUUUUUCUCAACUUUUUCAAAGCACCAUUUCUCGUGGAUUUGAAGAAACCCGAGUUAAAGAUUCCUCACACAGUGAACUUCUACAUCAAAGUUGAACCUGGGGUGAUUCUGGGAAUCUGGCACACGGUUCCCAGGUGCUGGGGGGAAGUUGCCAAAGGGAAAGGCCGUGGCUGGUACGAAGCAGCCCUUCGUGAUGGCCACCCAAUUAUUAUUUAUCUUCACGGCAGUGCCGAACACAGGGCAGCUCCUCAUAGACUUCGGCUAGUAAAGGUGCUGAGUGAUGGCGGCUUUCACGUCUUGUCUGUUGACUACAGAGGGUUCGGGGACUCGACAGGUAAACCCACGGAGGAGGGGCUGACUGCAGACACUGUUUGUGUUUAUGAAUGGACCAAGGCGAGAAGUGGUACCACCCCCGUGUGUUUCUGGGGCCACUCUCUGGGUACAGCAGUUGCGACAAAUGCUGCAAAAGUUCUGGAAGAGAAAGGAUCUCCAGUUGAUGCUAUUAUCCUGGAAGCUCCGUUUACCAACAUGUGGGAUGCGACCAUCAAUUAUCCCUUGAUGAAGAUUUACCGGAACCUUCCAAGAUUUUUACGCACAAUUAUGGAUGCCCUGAGGAAAGACAAAAUAGUCUUCCCCAAUGAUGAAAAUGUUAAAUUCCUGUCUUCUCCCCUUCUCAUCCUACAUGGUGAGGAUGACAAAACAGUGCCUGUGGAGUUUGGAAGAAAGCUCUAUGAAAUUGCCCACAGUGCAUACAGGAACAAAGAGAGGAUCAGGAUGGUGAUCUUUCCUCCUGGCUUCCAACACAACUUCCUCUGUAAAUGCCCCAUGCUGUUAAAAACCGUGAGGUCUUUUUUCUGCAGAGAUUUCCUGAGCCAGCAGUGGGCAUGAGGUCUGAGAGCAGUGGAGAGUGAAGACUUGAUCCAAACAUCACCUGUGAUGUGUAUUUUUAAUGUAAAAUUGUCCUGGGCUGCUUGGAUAAGCUGAAGUCACUGGCAUUUCUACAAGUCACUUGCCAUUUUAGUAAGCGAAAACAUGGAUGCUGGGCAUCAGGGAAUGUUCUCAUUCAGCCUAUCACAUUCUACUUUGUGGAACAUGCUGAAACUUCACUGUGGAGAGUCAGAGUUUGGUAAAAAUUGGAUCCCAUCUAAAAAUGUAUAGUUACCAAACAUUUGCGGAUUAGGUGGUCUUCGAUUUGGACUUAGACAGCAGUAUAAGAAAGGUGCUCCAAUGUAGUUAAAUAAUUUGUAUUUCAGUUUAGUUAACUUAAAUGGUAUUAAAAAGUUCCAAGCAAUUUUCUAAGCUUUCAGCAUUGCACUGGGGAAAGUCCUAGUGUGCUACUCAGUCUGCUACAAAGUAGUGAGUUUUGGCACCCAUGAAGCCUUUGGGAAUUGACAAUUUAUUUUUAGCGCUAACAGAGUCAUACACUUUCCCCUCUCAAUUCCCAGAGAUACUUAACUGGAUUAUUAGCUAACAAAAUAAAAUCAAAGAAUGUCGUAAAAAUG